ACUCAGAAGUACACAUUUACACACACACACACACACACACACACACACACACUUUACUUUCUUGUUCUAGGAUACCAAAAUACCUCACUAGUAGGUUGAUUUGAAUUUUUUAAGUCAUGUGACAAAACCAUGCUACUUAAAAUGCAGUGUGUGUGGUUUGAAUGACUUAAGACCAAAUUCUUGUUUUCCUUGCAUAACUGUGGAUUUCUGUAGUCUGUGCUUGCCUACCCAGACUUAUGUUCAUAGCAACUGAAAAAGGUGACAAGUAUUUAGACAGCAGGCAAAGACUAUAGCUACUUUUGAAAUAGAAGCUUUUCAUCCAGAAGUUAAUUAAGUCGUCCUCGGACCAGGACUCACUGGGGAAAACUUACAGACAGUUUCAGGAGUAGAGCGGUCUGUAGCUGAGACUGUGACUUCAUUUUCCUAAAGUCCUUCCUGAGAAGAUGAUCUCACACAACAUGACGUGGAUAAAAUAUCCAAGUAAAGACUUCAUUGAAAUUGAAGAUAUAAUAAGGUCACAGAAUAUCAUAUCAAGAUUUAUGCACAUCUACAUUGCACUGUUUGUCCCAACAAGUCUGGUGGCCAGCACAUUCAACAUGACCACCUUUAUAAAGAGGCACACUAGGAUGGGAAAACUGGACUUGUACCUCUUGGACUUGACUGUGACGAACCUUCUGGUGACCCUGUUUUCAUUCACUGCCAUAACUAGACCAGAUUACAUACUAACCACCAAUCUGAGCUGUGGGGUACUCUCUUUUUUCUUCAACAUUUGUUACUUCAAUGCUCAAUACAUUCAGAUUGCCAUGCUCUAUGCAUUCCUGUUCCAGGAUUACUUGCCCUAUCUGAGAGUGGUGACACCGAUCAAAAAGCCCCUGGGAAACCUGAGCCUUAUCUUUGUUUGUGCUUUCAGCAGCUCCUUGGGAGGGGUGAUGCUUCUAGGCACAGCUGGCUUGUUACUUAAAAGUACCCUAUGUCAGGUGGACCCACUGACAGCCUGGCCCGAAUAUGAGAUUGUCAAAUUCAGCUUGGGCUUUGGGGUGACGCUGAUUAUAGAAGUGGUUUUCUUUACCUUACUCAUUGGGAAGCUAGUACAAAGAGUUACUCCUCCACAGAAAGACAACAGGCCCACUUACCUGGUCAUGCUGACCAUCACCCUGAUCAUGUUUGCCUGUCGUCUUUUUUACAACAUUAUGCUACUCAACAGGUUUAGGCUCAAACUUCAGAGGGAUAAUGGUUCUCCUAGAGAUGAGCUCAUCAUGAACAUUGCAGAGCUGGUCCUGUUUGGUGAGAGUUGGGCAAGUAACCUGGUCAUUCUUUUUCUUCAUGAGCCAUGUAAGCGUUCCCUGAAGAAAAGCCUACAAAAUCUAACCAAAUGGUGCCGGAGGGAAGAAGAGACCCACAACAGCAUGCCCCUGGAGAGAGGAAUCUAAAAUGCGUCUGUAGCAAUGCAUGGUGGAGGGGGGCAACACUGGAAAGCCAUUAGCGGCUCAGCCUUUUGAGAGGAGCACAAUACAUCUGCUGAAAUUCCACAUUUGCACUGCAAGAUCAAGCAGGCAGGAUUUGAUGUCUUGGCAGGAGACUGUGGGGAUUUUGUUACUACUAGAGUCUAGAUCAUCCCCAAAUAUUCCUAAAUGCUAAAAAGCGCGUCCAUCUAAAUAAAAAAUCAAAAUGGAAGGCAGCCAGCCUUUUUAAGCUCCCUCACAAGUUACCUGAAUACAUUCACAAUGUAUUCAAUAAAUACAAGCCAGAAUAUAUUUAGAUAAUUAAGCAAUAUUUCACUUUCCCAGUUUGUUUUAAAAUACGCUAUUCAUUGAAAGACAAUAUGGAACAACAGAGAGGUAAAGCACAUAUGACUGUUACAGCAGAAACUGCUUCUCAAGAGUAGCUGAAUUAGCCAGAGAAACCUGGCUCAUGUCUUACUAUAAAUAAAAUAAGGGUUUUAAAAAAAAUACUAUAACAAACUGAGGUUAAAAAGUUAUCACUCACAUAUUUAAAAAUGGUUUUUAUGAUGUUGAUUCAGGGACAACAAUGGGACAAUGUUCUGUUUGCUCUAAUACACUAUAGUGAAAAAAACAAGUCAGUUAGGACUGAGGAUACCAAGGUUCUGGUCCCAAGACUCUGAGACUGUGAUUUUGUUGAAGUUGCUUUUCAAUUUAUUUCAUAUAACAAAUGCCCCACCUAUUUAUCUAUCUUACAGGAUUACUGUAGAGCUCAAACAAGAGCACAAGUAUACAGGUGCUUUGGAAAGGAAAAAGCAGAUAUACAAAUGCCAGGAAUAUUUAUUUUGAGUGGUUCAAGAUUAGCCUGGUCUUGGGAAGGUAAAUGAAUGAAAUUAAUUACACUGAGUAUGGCCUGAACUUUACUGUAUUCCUUUACUAUUACUAGUUGUAAAUCCAAGAAUAAUUCUUGAUGCCAAUGGUUUUACAUGAGAAAUAUGCAGCAAAAUAAUUUCUCUUAAGUUAAAGCAUGUGUGCUCACCUGCCAAGUGAGUUUUGUGAGGCAGGAAUAAAAAACACAUAUUUUUGAAAA